AAACGUGCAACAUGCCCGCUGAGCAGCUCCAGCCGGGCCCGGUGUCGGUUUCUCCACUUCUGGGGGGAUUUACGCGGACGAGCGGACGAAGACUCCCGGUGGAUCCGAAGCGCAGAGAGCUGUAAGUUGGAGGUCGGAAAACUGGGAAAACUGGGAAAACUUCACAUCCGGAGCAGAUCAUUUUAUUCUGAUUGACAUGCUGUGGUGGACGGGAUCACGCCGGGAAUCUGCAGCCGGCUGCCGCUGCGCACCGUGACGCGCCGGGGAGCUUCACCCGGAGAGUCCCGGGAGGGUAAAACAAAAAUCUCAACGCUGCUUAAAAAAGAGAAAAGAAUCUCCUCCACUGUGGAUUUGUCACUUCAGGCUCGUGUGUGGUUUUAUAUCCCGGAGAUGCCACCCGUCUCUGGUCUCCGUCCUCCUGUGGGUCGGAUCGGGAUGGAUGUGGCGCAGUGAGGAGGCAACAGCCUGCGGAUAAUCACAGUUUGGACUUUUUGGCUCCCCGUGCGGAGCGGCUCUCCCUCAUGCAGCUCCUCCGGCUGGCCUGGGCUCUGACUGCCGCUGCGGUCUGCUUCCUGCUGCUCCUGGUCCUCCACAACCAGAUCCUGAGAGAAGGUCAGCUGGCGGCGGGGACCUGUGAGAUCGUCACUCUGGACCGGGACAGCAGCCAGCCGAGGAGGACCAUCGCCCGGCAGACGGCUCGCUGCGCCUGCAGGAAGGGUCAGAUCGCCGGGACGACGCGAGCCAGACCGGCCUGCGUCGACGUUCGCAUCGUGUGGGCUCGGCAGUGGUGCGAGAUGUUUCCGUGUUUGGACGAUGAAGGUUGUGAUCUCCUGGUCAAUCAGUCGGGCUGGACCUGCACGCAACCAGGAGGCCGAGUCAAGACCACCACGGUCUCCUGACAGCGGCGAUGAGGACAGACGCUCCUGAGAGAGAAACUGGUUCCCAUCGUCCAUCGCUCAUCAUCGCCAAGUGGAGAAUCUGCCGCCGCCACCACUAACGCUGCUGACGAACCAAUCAUCAGCCGCUAUCAGAGCCGAGGGGCGGGGCGUUGCCACUUCCUGCCUCAUGCUCUGGAGACCUGCGACCUGCUCCACCUCUUUCUGGGAACAUAUUGUGUAUUUUCCAGGAGAUUUGAGAAAAAAAAAAAACAAAAGCGGAUUAUUGUAACGAGCUGCUGGAUGGAUUUCUUUUUUGUUUGACACAAAACUCUGUUUCGUUUUUACAGACCAAAGAUGAACAGAGCCGACGAUGAGACGUUUUUAGACACACCACCAUAUCUAUGUAAAGAAACGAACACAUUGUGAUAUUAUACAGUAAGUGACUUAACUGAGCAAAGUAAAAUUGUAUAUGAGUUAAUAUCCUAAACGUUUAUCUGUGUGAGGAGAGCUGUCGAUGUUUCAGAUGUUCUUGUGCUGAACAUCAGUCGGGCGGAGAGGCUGCAAAUCACUUCAUGCAUUUUUAUGAUGAGAACAUAAAACCUUGUGCACUUUAAUCAGAAACAUGAAGAUACGGUAUAUUUUAAAGUCAACCAGAGUACAACUAAGUACAUUUAUUCUACAAAUCUGAUAUUUUUCAUGCCACUUCACUACAGAAACAAAUAUCAUCCUCCUUACUGCACUACAUAUAUCUUAGAGCUUUAGUUAGUCUACAAAUAAAGAUUUUGCACACAAAGCAAACAAUAAUGUACAAGUGCAGCUCAAACAAUGAGUCAUUUAAUUGAAGAUCAGUUGACAGAACUAUUAAGUUAUUUUUAAUAAAAACUAUUAAGUUAUUUUUUAAUGAAAAAUGUCCUCUUCUUAACGAGUAACAGGCACCGUCCCAAAGCACACACAAGCGGCCCAGUCCUCCGGCAGCAGUCUCUCCCAGCUGCAGUCAGAGCAGGAGAUGUUAACCCCUCAGCGUCCAGUCUGCAAAUGACUCACGCAUGCGCAGAGUAGCUGCCUCAACCCUAUCCAACUCAACUCUCUCAACUUUAUUUGUAAAGCACUUUAAAAUCAACCACAGCCGCAACAAAGUGCUGUACAUAAACAAGCAAACAAGAAACAAUAAAAUAAAUAAAACAGGAUUACACACUAAAAUAAAUAGUUGCCUUGCUUUUUAAAAACAAUGAAAAAACAAUAAAUAAAAGCAAGCCAUAAAACACUAAAACGAGCAGAGUCUCAUGCAUGGUUGAAAGCCAAGGAAUAAAAAUAGGUUUUAAGAUGAGUUUUAAAAAUGGACAGUAAUGGUGAUUUAGUGAGGAAACGUCUGUUUUCUACAAGAAUAAAAUGAAACAUUCAAAAGAUUAGGUUAGUCCAGAGAAUACUUCUUCCUACGUGAUCCAGUCAGCGUCGACUAGUUAGUAGUGGCUCAGAAAGUAGCUACCCGAGGCAG